AUGGCCGACAUCGACGAGGGCCCUAGCCGCGAGGAGAUCGCCAGGCGCGAGCAAGAGGAGAAGGAACGCAAGGCCAAAGAAGACGCCGAACAGGCUAAGCUGCCCUACAAAUGGACACAGACCAUCCGCGACGCGGACGUGACGGUGCCGGUGCCGGCGACGGUCAAGGGCAAGGAUUUAGACAUCGUGCUCACCAAGACGAAGAUCAAGGUUGGGGUGAAGGGGCAGGAGCCGAUUAUUGAUGGAGAAUUCCCCCACCCCAUCCACCCCGACGAAUCCACCUGGACGCUCGAGACCACCCCCACAGGCAAGGAAGUCUCAAUCCACCUGGACAAGGUCAACAAGAUGGAGUGGUGGCCGCACAUCGUGACGACGGCGCCCAAGAUCGACGUGACCAAGAUCGUGCCCGAGACGUCGUCGCUCAGCGACCUGGACGGCGAGACGCGCGCCAUGGUCGAGAAGAUGAUGUACGACCAGCGGCAGAAGGAGAUGGGCAAGCCGACGAGCGACGAGCAGCGGAAGAUGGAUAUUCUGAAGAAGUUCCAGGAGCAGCAUCCUGAAAUGGACUUCUCCAACGCCAAGAUCGGCUGA